UGUAUCCCUUUAAUCAUGUAAAAAUGAAAGAUCCCAAUAGAUCUCAGCAAAUCAAAUCGCAAUAUUCCUUCAGUCUAUAAUUCCGUCCACAUUCAUUGUUUCAAGAAAUCAUAUAAAGCCAUCCCAUAUGUAAUCUGUCUUAAUCACAUAACUCUGUUCCCAUAUAAUUGUGUUGAGUUAACAAGAACAUAGUUUUGUGUCAAUGGCAGUGAGCAAAGUUGAGAAAUCAGAGGAGGAAUGGCGAGCCAUUCUAUCUCCUGAGCAGUUUCGUAUCCUCCGUGAGAAAGGAACUGAGUUGAAGGGCACUGGAGAAUAUAACAAGUUUUUUGGUGAAGGGAUCUACAAUUGUGCUGGUUGUGGUACUCCACUCUAUAAAUCCACAACCAAAUUUGACUCUGGCUGUGGCUGGCCUGCUUUCUUUGAGGGUCUUCUGGGAGCAAUAAAUCGCUCCCCGGAUCCGGAUGGAAGGAGGACCGAGAUCACUUGUGCAGCAUGUGGUGGACACCUUGGUCAUGUUUUCAAAGGUGAAGGUUUCAAGACACCAACAGAUGAACGCCACUGCGUCAAUAGUGUUUCUGUCAAGUUUAUCUCUGAGAAUACCUCUGCUUCGCUCUGAAACUCUUUUCUUUUGUAAUGGGACAAGUUAAAUGCGUUCUGUUUUAGUACCAUUGCUUGUAAUAAUAACUUUAGAUUAUUUUGGCUUUUAAUGUUUCUUGAGAAUGCUUUUCCACCCUCCCAACUAGUUCUAUGAUCAAAGUAUUAUCUUCUCUUUG